UGAUUCGGGCUGACGGGAGUACUGCGUCCGCAAAAGCACCUUUAGCUAGCGGCCUGUAACACACUAGCAAGCAAAGCCAGACGCCAAUCGAAGCGGUUGCGCUGUACAAUCGAUGCUAGCAAGGCUGCCGUGGAGCGAUCUUAGGUCUCUGCUCUCCGCCACAGCCCUCUCCGAGCUUCCAGUGCAAGUCUCUGGACAAAAAAUCCUAAAGGGCUCUCCCUGCUACAGAGACGAUACGCGUCGAACGAAGCGAACCACGCCCAACGAUGCGUCUCCAAUUCCUCCUCAUCUAUGCACUGCAAACGGUAUCAGCGCUGACGCCGCGCGGCGCAGCCAAAGACCCGGCCCGCGGCCGCGAAAACGUCGGCGUCCUGUCCUGCGGCACGCAGCUCGGCGCGACGACCUACGGCUACCUGCAGCGGCUCAAGGGGCUCUGGGCCUCGGGGCUCAAGGAGCCGGUGGCGCUCCUUAAAGAUCCGUUCGAGCGGCGGACGCUGUCGUCGACGCUGUCCUCCGACUUCAUGGGUGGAUUGGACCCGCGCCGGUCCGUGGACGCGACGACGGAGCAGAGGCUGAAGAACGCCUGCUCGUUCUACGAGGAGGGCGGGCCGCCCUACGGGAUUCAGCGCGGCGUCUGCGGCGACCUCGUGAAGGACGACAUCCCCGGGUCGUUGACGGCCCUCGCGGAGGCGCUGGACUGCGUGUCGUGCGUCUGCGUGGGGUCUGCCGCCGCCGACGCCGCGGCCGCGGUGCUGCGGGACAACUGCGCCGGCUCGUUCAUUACUGUGUGGAAAUCAACCAGUGAGUCGGAUGCACCUUCGUCGACAAAGCGGCCGUGAUGACUGAAUCGAGUGGUGUAAGACCCACACUGCCACGCCAUCGACGCGACGCCUCCACGCCAUCGAGCAGGCGUCGCGUUGAUGGCGUGAAUGUUAGACUCGGCAGUGGCGGAGACGCGCCGCGAAAUUUGAUAUCUACACAGGUUCAUUAUUGAACUGGACGCGGACCCGCGGGAGCACCCGUCUUCCUGGUCCCAUUUGAAGGGGUUCCGGAGAAUGGGUGCUUCGCCGGCAGUGGAAGAUGUGUCUGCGGUACUAGCGGCUGCCCAGUCCGCGCUCGGCUCGGCCGCGCAUCAUCGAAUGCGCGCGUUGGGCCUGGGCGGCGAGGACGUCUUCACGUCGCCGCUCGAUCUGCAGUCCUGGCUCCUCGACGAGUGCCCCGAGCCUGCGGGCGUCGAGGACCUCGAGGCCGCGCCGGACCCAAAGUUUGCGACCUGGUAACACACAACAGUAUUUAUUCAUCACAUUG